CUAAGUUGAAUCUCACUUGUAAAAAUGCAAAAGGAACGUGCAUUGGGAAGGAACGUGCUUUGGAACGUGCUUUGUGCUGUGUGAGAAGUUGCAUAUUUAUGAAAAUCUACAUUUUAGGCUCCUUAUAUACAUUACAUCAACAUACAUUACAAUAAAUAUUUGAUUUGACGUAUAUAUAUAAAUAGAAGCCUGAGAAUGUGACAGCAGAGUCAGCUUCUUGCUUACGACUUAAACAUUAUCACGCUGAUAUUGUGAGUGUUAAAACUAGAUUGAAACAAUAAUUAAAACGAUGGAUGAUAAAAAAAUAUGUAAAUCAUGGAACGGUAUUGACUCCGGUGAAGAGAUCAUUAUUUCUGGCAUUAGCGGCAGAUUUCCAGAUUCAGACAAUAUGAAUAAGUUACGAGAAAAUCUAUUUAAUAAAGUUGACCUUGUUAAAGCAAAUCAUGAUCGAUGGAAAGAAGAUUUUGUUCCGGAUAUUUCAAGCCGUAUAGGAACAGUUAACAAUGUGAAAAAAUUUGAUAAAAAUUUCUUCGAUUUAUCUUUCACUCAAGCCCACACACUCUCUCCUGAAUCGAGACUAUUAAUGGAACAUUCUUACGAAGCAAUUAUCGAUGCGGGAAUCAACCCAAAGCAAUUACGAGGAAAAAAUACUGCUGUAAUUACAGGGACAUGUUAUAUUGAACUACAGAAGAAAUUUCUAUAUAAAAAAGCUCAGUUAAGCGGUCUUAAUAUUAUUGGAUGUAACUACUCUACAACAGCGAACAUGAUUUCAUAUUACUUGGAUCUAAAAGGACCGUCACAUAUA